AAAAUGCCGCGCCACCUGCUGCAGCAGUCCGUCGACCGCCUCGCCGCGCUGGCCGCGCCUCCGGCGGCCGCCAUGGCACGCGGCGGGACGAGCGUGCAUACGGACACGCUGCUCAUCCUGGCGGCCGUGCUCUGCUUCCUGCUCUGCGUGCUCGGGCUGGCCAUGGUGGCCCGGUGCUCCCGCCUGUGCAACCCCUCCGCCUUCUCCGUGGACGCGCCGGGGCCAGUCGCGGCGCCAUGCAAGGGGAUCAAGAAGAAGGCGCUGCAAGCGCUGCCGACCGUGUCCUGGCGGCCACAGCAGAGCACGGAGGCGGACGAGGAGGAGGGGGAGCGGGCGGAGUGCGCCAUCUGCCUGGCGGAGUUCGCGCCCGGGGACGAGGUGCGCGUGCUCCCGACGUGCGGCCACGGCUUCCACGCCGCCUGCGUCGACGUCUGGCUGCUUUCCAACUCCACCUGUCCCUCCUGCCGCCGCGCCCUCGUCGUCGCGGCUGCCCAAUUGCCAGCGGUCACCGAGUCUCCCCCUCCUCAAACGUGCUGUGCGCGCGCCGACGCCGUCGCGGCUGCACAGGCCUCGGUCGUAUGGUAGUAUGCAGUAUGCUCGCAACGUACAUAUACGACAUACGCAUGUAUAUAUAUGGUCGCACACGUACACCCGUAGAAAAUGCAAACUGUACGGCGUGCGACGAUGCAUCACUUGAUUAGUGUCUGUAACAUUUUCGUCCAUGUGUAAAUACUUGUACAUCACCUUCAGUUAAUUUCGACGGUUUUUAUACGGUC